AUGAAUUCCAAUUCGAACUUGGUGUUUCUUGCCCACCACAACCUUCCAUUCCAGCCAUCCGUCUGUCUGUUCAACGACAGACCGGCUCACUUUCAUGAAAAGCACUGGUUGGAUCAGUACGAAGGAUGGCGUUUCAAUAAAGGAUUCCAAAGUACGAUCCGGGGGGCAUUUCAUUUGCCAGGGGCCUUUGAAAUAAUUCCAUGAUAGUAGUGUAUAUCCAUGUGCAGAUCGACUUUCUGGUUUCAGGUCUCAUUGAAGAAAUGGGAUUGACGACGGUCGGCGCGAUGGAAACGAUGAGCUGGCAAGAUCACGAAAGCAUCCGUAGGGCAACAACUCCAAAACACACGUGCACUCGUUGAUCUCUCCACUAUUUCAGUGCUCGAGAUGCUCGGAUUCUUGCUGAGCACCUACACGUGCCCGAAAACCGACGAGAUGGGAGUGCGUUGGGAGUACAGCGGCUACGAGAUCGGGCACAGUGAGCGCCUUCUGCUCUACUGGAAGAGUGCCACAAAUUGUGUGGUCACAAUUUUCUCCGAGACGGGACAGUGCGUCUCCUCGGGCGGCCCCUUCAGAACCCUGAUCACCGCGUUCCCUUGCACAAUCCGACGGCUCAACUACCUUGUGUGCCGUGGCCGCGUGCACAACUUCCUCGUCUCCUGA